UAUUCUUUUUAUAUCUACAUUUCUAUAUAGUCUUCAAAGUUAAAUCGAUCCAACUCGACAGAUCAAAUUGAUUCAUCGGAUAUCACCUGUUUAUUAAGUGACAAUCUGAUCGUAUAUUAUUUUUAUUCUUCAAUAACAAGUGUUAAUAAUUGAACAAUACAACGAAUAAACCUACGUAGUUUGAAAUUCCAAAUUUUGUUUGUCAAAAGACAAAAAAUAAUAAGUGCACGAAUGUUAUCAUCAUUGAUAAAAGUUACUUCCAUUUUACUGGAGUGUCAUUACGUCACGAAAAUAGCAUAGAUACAUUAUCACCGUCAUGUAAUGUAACACAGACAAGAAUAUAUAGCUCAUUUUUUCUUUUUUUAUUUUUUUUUCUUUAGAUAUUAUUUCAACAUUCAAAAUAAUUAUUACAUUAUAAGUUCAGUACAAUCGGUCGACAUCGAAGUUACAGGUUAUGUUUAUUGAAAGGAUCACAAUUAAAAGAUAAAUAUACGAUUGAAAGAAAUCUAUUUAUAUCGUACGAUCGGAUUGUGAUAAUCAUUUUGUUUUGUAUGCAUUACUUUUCUUUUCUCUUUCUUUUCAAAAAAUGGCCGACAGGAGAUUAAGUAGGGAGAAGGAAUAGAAACUUAGAUCUAUAAAGAAUAUUGUCAUUUCUACCGCGAUGGCGUUAUCUCGAAUAAGUCGCUGUCCUGAUUUGUUAACUACAUUUAAUCGCAACUUACAACCAGUUGGCAUAACAAGUUAUCCGAUCAAUAAGAUACAAUUCAAACACCGGGAAACGGUACCAAGGAACCAAGCGAAGAUUUUACACGUAACGAGCGUACAUCGUUAUCCCGAUCCACCGACCUUGCCACUUCCCAAUAACGUUUCGGAAAUAUUUGCAAACGAGACAGGUCGAUUCACUCCGGAACGUACAAGGGACAUAGCAAGUCCGAUUUUGAUUUAUGGUGCGAAUAGAGUCACCGCCAACAACAACUCAUUCUCGUUCUUGUCCUUUAGCGACAAGAAAGAAUCGUUCAAUGGACAAAGAAAUUUCCCGAUCGUACGCGAGGAUACACACGUAGAUUUGUACGAUUGUUCUGGCGCGAUCAGUUUAAAUGGCAGCAUGCAAAGUAAUGUGCCAAAACCUUUCUGUUCAACCGGCAAGUCGACUCAUUUCAAUAUGCCAGGUGGACAGUGGGCUAAAGAUAGCAAAUAUAUUGCCGAAGAUAUGCAAAAAUCACAUUACAGACUUAGCAGCAUUAAUAUUCUAUCAUCCGAUCAAGUUAAAAAUGGUAUCAUAAACGAAGCCAUUUUAACGAGACCACUCUGCAAUAAAUUGUUACAUCCGAUUUAUAUUGAUCUUAUGAGGUACUCGACGAAUGCGUCAACACCGGUGAAUACUACAAAUUCAGAGGAUGAGAUAAAAAAGAAAAUAAUACAGACUAAAAAAGAAAGAUUUAAAAUGGUCGUAAGGGAUUAUGGGAAAGUUGUUAUUGUAUUUCACGUCGCCAUUUCUCUAAUAUCACUUGGCUUCUUUUAUACGGCUGUUGUUAGUGAAAUAGAUCUAGUGCCUUAUAUCGAAAAGAUUUACAAUAUCGACAACGAAAAAGUAAUGAAAGUUUUGAACGACUCGUCCGGAUUUUUAUUGGCAUAUACGAUUCACAAAAUGUUAGCGCCAAUACGAUUAUCUAUUACUUGCGCUGUAACGCCAUGGCUCGUUUCAUACUUACGAAAAAAGGGCAUUUUGAAGCGACCAAUGCCGAAAAAGCAGAAUGAAUUUUCACUUAAAGUUAAUCGAUAUAAAAACUAAAAGGAAUAAUAGUUUCUAUGAUAUUUAUACAUAAGUAUCGAUGGCUUUAUUAAGUUCGACAUAUAAAAUUAAAACUUCCAUGAGUAUUGUAUAACAUGCAUGCGACACGUGGUUCUCGUUCAAAUAAGAACGAAAUAAAUUUUUGUACCUGUGCGGAUAAAUAUCGCGCAUAUUUAAGAGUGUAAAUGGAUGUUAUAAAUUUAUAUCCGUAUAAAAAUUGAUCGUAUAUUAAAUAUAUAUAUAUAAUUAUUUGUAUACAUCCAUCUCAUUCGCUAUCAAAUAAAGUAUAUAAUAUAUUUAGCAGUGUAAUAA